AUGGCGCCUAGAUGGCCGCAGGUAAACAAUGGCCCCGAACACAUCAACGAGCAUGCCACGUACCUCAGAGAAGUAUGCAACCAAUUGCAGGCAGCGGAUCGAGGCAGAACCAAUCAGAUUCCAUGGCAUAUAGUCCAAGCCUACCUUGAAUCUACCCUUGCGCUCAUUGGUAAAGUGCUGCAGCGACCGUCCGUUGGCGAGGUGUUUCAUCACAUCCAAGACGCGGCAAACGACAUCCAAACCAUUCGGCGAGACGUCACGGCCGCCAAGAGCUCCAUAGGAUUAAGCACGACACCACUCAACGCAUCAUAUUUCAGCGGAGUCAGGACGCACGGACAUCGUGGGCCCAAGUCGCAACACAAGGCAAAAGCUCCACGCUACCACCACCACCACCACCACCAGCAUCAAGACCGAGUGGUCACAGUAAAGCUCCAGAAUUAUCGCAUCGUGCAACGGUUCCGCAACUACCCAGUCACCUGGACCAAACAGAAAGUACAAACCUCCAUACGAGACAACACUCUUACCAAAGCGAUCAAGCUCGUGGCGGCACAUCAGCUCAAAAGUGGUGACCUGCAGAUAUUCACAAGCACGAGCGGAGAAGCUCAGCAACUCAAACAGAACACAGGAUGGCUGAAAGGCCUGGCAGAUCAAGCGGAAGUCUUCGUGCCAACCUAUGGAGUGAUUGUCCAUGGCAUCUCUACCAAAUCCAUGAAUAUCAAAGAUCAAAACGCAACUAUCCAACAGAUGCUGGCAGAUAACUAUACCGUCAUCCCUGAUGCCAAGAUCUCAUAUGUCGGUUGGCUGACCAGAGAAGGCCCUCUCAAGCGGGCGUCUUCCAUCGUGGUCGAAUUUGCCGCCCCAGAAAUGGCCAACGCCGUCAUUUAUGCCGGUAUGGUCUGGGAAGGCCAGAUCCACCAAUGUCAACUCUACGACCGCACCUGCAGGGUGAGACAAUGCUUCCGCUGCAGUCAUUAUGGGCACAUCGGCGCUCAAUGUAACGCAUCCCAAACACGUGGCUAUUGUGCGGAGCUGCACGAAGCCAAACACUGUCGGCAAAAGGAAGUGGAAGGGUUCACUCCCCGCUGUCCUGUGUGCAAAGGUGCCCACACAGCAUGGAGUAAUGCCUGCCCAGCAAGGAAGAAGGAAUUGGAGAGAGUGGAACAAGCGAAGCAGAACAGGAGCAUCGAAUGGCACGUUCCCGCCAGAGAUCACACCACACGUCCAAGACGAGAAAGCACGAACAAUGUCCCCAACCUCCAAGAGACUGCCUUAUCAAUAAACCCGGUCCCGACUCCCACUGUCUCGACACAAACAAGAACUCAGACCCUUAUGGAAUGUAGGGCAACUAAAGCUGCGCAAACUCUAGGACAAGCAACGUCAUCGACGGAUCACAUGACGAACCAGCCAGGAAGAUAUGUAGAAAUACCAGCACCAACGCAGGCACCUGUUGAAGAGAUCGCCACGCAAGCACUCCUUUGA